AUGGUAUUUGAAUGUGAUAUCUGGUCAUCUGAUGUACCUGAGGAUGAAAUUGUGUUGUUUUACAGCAUCUUGAAUGCUUACAUCAAAUGGUGCCACAGCAAUCCUCAACAACUCAUCAACAAAGGCUUGUUCCCAAGCGGCUUGGAAAAGAUUUGGUUUUGCAUUAUAUGUCAUCUAGGCUAUCUAUUCUUGGUUUGUCUACUGCUUUCAAGACUUCAAUUUAGAACUAUAUUCACUAAACAGUUUCAAGAAAGUGACACUGAUGUUGAAAAGAAUGUGGAAAUGGGAGAAGUUAUAAGAAAAAAAAUACAGCAACAAGGCCCAUGCUCAAUGUGUGGUAGGAACAAAGACAAAAAAUCAAGAACUCUUCGUAAAAAUUGCGCCUCAUUUGUUUGUGCUGAUCAUCUUGUGACACUGUACAAGCAUUGCAAAGAAUGA